UCAAACUUGACAUCAGCGCUCGCGCCGAGAAUGGUAACUGGCUCAGCGGCGGAGAGCUCACUCGCGUCGGUGGCAAGCUUCAUGGAGUUAUGUACCUUUCCUUGCCCGCUCAACUGCCGUCAUGGGUUGCACGCGCUUCCUAACCCUCCUGCUCCUUCUCUUCAUGCUCGUUUCCUGCGCCGAAUUCAUCGUUUAUCCGUCCAAUGAAGUUAACCUGUUGGAUUCCAAAGCAAGCCAAGGGGAGCUGGGAUGGAUAUCAUAUCCACCACAUGGGUGGGAAGAGAUCAGUGGGGUGGAUGAACACUACACACCGAUUCGGACCUUCCAGGUGUGUAAUGUGAUGGAGUACAGCCAGAACAACUGGCUGAGAACCAACUGGAUCCCUCGGAGCUCUGCCCAGAAGAUCUACGUGGAGCUCAAAUUCACUCUCAGAGACUGCAACAGUAUCCCACUGGUGCUGGGAACCUGCAAAGAAACUUUCAACUUGCACUACCUGGAAACAGACGAGGACCAGGGCAGUAAGUUCCGUGAGCACCAGUUCUCGAAAAUAGACACCAUUGCAGCCGAUGAGAGCUUCACUCAGAUGGACCUGGGGGACCGCAUUCUAAAACUCAACACAGAAGUGCGAGAAGUAGGUCCAGUGACUAAGAAAGGCUUUUACCUGGCCUUCCAGGAUGUGGGGGCUUGCGUGGCCCUGGUGUCAGUGCGGGUGUACUUUAAGAAGUGCCCUUUUACAGUACGGAACCUGGCCAUGUUUCCUGACACGGUUCCCAUGGACACUCAGUCAUUAGUGGAGGUGAAGGGCUCCUGCGUCAACAAUUCCAAGGAAGAGGAUCCUCCCAAAAUGUACUGUAGCACUGAGGGAGAAUGGCUGGUACCCAUUGGGAAAUGUUUGUGUAACAUCGGGUUUGAGGACCGGGGAGUCACCUGCCAAGCAUGCCGGCCUGGCUUCUACAAGGCUUCGUCUGGGAAUAUGAAGUGUUCAAAGUGUCCUCCACACAGUUACACCCACAAGGAUGGGGCUGUGCACUGCAGCUGUGAGAAGAACUACUUCCGUGCGGAUGGAGACCCUGUGUCAAUGGCCUGCACCCGUCCCCCCUCUGCUCCGCGGAACGUGAUCUCAGUAAUCAACGAGACGUCAGUCAUCCUUGACUGGAGCUGGCCAGAAGACACAGGUGGCAGGAAGGACUUAAUGUUUAAAGUAGUGUGUAAGCGGUGUUUGGAUGGGACUAAACAAUGCGAGCCUUGCAGAGGGGCUGUGCGUUUCCUGCCCCGUUCAUCAGGCCUCACGAACACCACAGUGACUGUGGCUGACUUGCUGGCACACACCAACUAUACAUUUGAGAUUGAGGCAGAGAAUGGAGUUUCCUCUCUGGCCCCUGCGAUGCGCCAGUACGCCAGCGUCACUAUAACUACCAACCAAGCAGCUCCAUCCCAGGUCACAAUCAUCAGGAAAGACAGAACAUCCCGAAACAGCAUCUCACUGUCCUGGCUGGAGCCAGAAAGACCCAAUGGUAUUAUCUUGGACUACGAGGUCAAGUACUAUGAGAAGCAAGAACAAGAGACCAGCUAUACCAUCCUGAGAUGCAAGGGCACUAAUGUGACUCUGAAUGGACUGAAACCUGAUACCAGAUACCUGCUGCAGAUUAGAGCACGUACCGCUGCGGGUUAUGGCAGCAGCAGCCGCAAGUUUGAGUUCGAGACCAGCCCAGACUCUUUCUCAAUCUCCAGUGAGAAUAGUCAGGUUGUGCUAAUUGCCAUUGCAUCAGCUGUGGCAAUCAUCCUCCUCACCGUGGUGCUUUACGUUGUGAUUAGCAGGUGCUGUGGCUACAGCAAAUCCAAACAUCCAGACAAAAAGAGACUUCACUUUGGUAAUGGUCACUUGCGACUGCCUGGUAUUAGGACCUACGUGGAUCCCCACACUUAUGAGGACCCAAGUCAGGCAGUGCACGAAUUCGCCAAGGAGUUAGAUGCUUCUUGCAUCGCCAUUGACAAAGUAGUGGGUGCAGGGGAAUUUGGGGAGGUGUGUAGUGGACGUCUGAAACUGCCUUCUAAGAAAGAGAUCUGUGUGGCCAUCAAGACCCUGAAAGCAGGAUAUACGGAGACACAGAGGAGAGAUUUCUUGAGUGAGGCUAGCAUCAUGGGACAAUUUGAUCACCCCAACAUUAUCAGACUGGAAGGAGUGGUCACUCGAAGUAAGCCAGUAAUGAUUGUGACGGAGUACAUGGAGAAUGGUUCCUUAGACAGCUUCCUUCGAAAACAUGAUGCUCAGUUCACAGUGAUUCAGCUGGUAGGAAUGCUGCGUGGUAUUGUGUCAGGUAUGAAAUACCUCUCAGACAUGGGCUAUGUGCACAGAGAUCUCGCUGCUCGCAACAUCUUGGUCAACAGCAACCUGGUGUGCAAGGUAUCCGACUUCGGCUUGUCCAGAGUGCUCGAGGAUGAUCCAGAGGCAGCCUACACAACAAGAGGUGGCAAAAUCCCAAUCAGGUGGACAGCACCAGAAGCUAUCACUUAUCGCAAGUUCACUUCAGCCAGUGAUGUGUGGAGCUACGGCAUUGUGCUGUGGGAAGUCCUGUCCUAUGGAGAGAGGCCUUACUGGGAGAUGUCCAAUCAGGAUGUGAUCAAAGCAGUGGACGAAGGCUACCGUCUUCCCCCACCAAUGGACUGCCCCGCCCCCUUAUACCAGCUAAUGCUGGACUGCUGGCAGAAAGACAGAAACAACCGGCCCAAGUUUGAGCAGAUUGUCAGCAUCCUGGACAAGCUUAUACGUAACCCAGGCAGUCUGAAGAUCACAGCCAGCACCGCCUCCAGGCCGGUCAAUCAGCUCCGUACCAGCACAGACAUCACCUCAUUCAGCACUGUGGGUCACUGGCUGGAAAGUGCAAGGACUCUACCCUGUAAAGAGGCCUUCAGUGGAGUCAGCUACAGCUCUUGUGAUACACUACCCAAGACCUCUGCAGAAAUCUGCCUGGCUGAGGUCAGGCCUGCAGCCACUUGUCCUGAGUGGGAGCCAUCCAUGGGAAUUACGACUCUUUAGGCCUUACAGUGUGGACGGGACUUCAAGAAGGUUGGCGUAACGUUUGUUGGACCUCAGAAGAAGAUUGUGAGCAGUAUCAAAGCACUUGAAACACACUCAAAAAAUGGCCCAGUUCCUGUCUAAAAAGUGAAUGAAAAAAAAUACUACAUAAAAGGAUGGACAAAACAAAGAGAAAUUCAGGAGACCGAUGCUGCUUUUGGUUUUAAAAGACAGAAAUUAUGAAUAUGAAAAAAAAGCAUAAACAACAAUGUUAGCAUAUCAGGGCACAGGAAAGCAACACUCCUGGAGAAUGGCUGUUGUUCCAGCAUCCAAUCACGUUGCUCAGGCAGAAAGUGUGCCUCAUGGCCUGUUAAUGGUUUGCUUUAUGCAAUAAAGAAGAAUAAAAAGCAGGUGGGCUUCUCUGCAAAAACUAAGCUCUGGGGCAGGACUCUAGGCUCCCAUAAGUGCUCCACAGAUCAGCAGAGCACUGUAUGAAGAGCAAGAUGGAGCUAUCAGGAACUUGGAAGUGUCUCCUCUGUGCAGAUACAACUAACAGCUCUUAACACAUGACAAGAGGGUAAUAAAAUGCAAAAACUUUGUAAUGCAGCCACCCUUUUGGAGAAAGAACUCAAGCUUAAGGCCUGUUCCAUCCACACACCUCACUGGUUUUCUGUCCUGUUGGAUGGGGAAUGUCUUAGCUAGUUGAAGAGAAACACCCCUGCCAAUACAUAAGAGAUGCCUUUAAUUUCAAGAUUUCACUAGAGAACCAGAGAGCUGGGGAAUGGAUUCUAGUAAACUACAGUGCAAUUGGCCAUGAAACCAGGAAUGUCCAGUAAAGGCGAAUUGUUAUUUCAGUCAUUUUUUCUGUGGAUGUGACACACUGACCAGAAUAUAUGAUUAACUAUUACAGAAUUAAAAUAUGGAUCAACAAUAAGAUACUAUGUAUGUACUCUUUUAUUGCGCUCUUUAUGCCACUUAAAGCAGACACUUUAUUUUUGGUGUUGAAAAACCUGUAACAGGACAAUUGCAUUAACCAAAAGAGAAUAUGUGAAUUUGUGAACUACUUGAAAAAAUUUGAUUCCUAGAUGUAUAUCUAUAAUCUGGCUUCCUUCUGAGCAGCAUUCAGAGAUCAAUCAGAGAAGUGUUUUGGAAUGUGGUCAAAAGUGUUAGUAACAUCUGUAUCCGUCCGGUAAGAUCUUAGAGAGAGAAGGUCAGAGAACAUAAGUGUAGAAGGUCAUUGGAAGUGUUAGAUAUGACAGGAAUGAAGGACCUCAUUGAGGAACAAAGUGUAUAAUUUCCUGCUGUGAAAUUUCAUAAACCUUCAAACGGCACUAAUAUAUUUGAGGGAAAGUACUUUAGGGACAUUGUCAAGUAAUACGUCCCUACUGCAAAAGCUCAGGAUGCACAGCCCUCAUUCAAUUUUAGGAUGCAAAAGAGAGAACAGAAGUAAACACCAUGCAACCGACUACUUCAGACUAAUGUUCUGUACCAUUUGAUCAUCAGUUUUUGGCUGCAUACAGAAGUAGAAAUGAUCUGAUAGGGAAGAGAAUGCAUAAUGCUUAAAAAGGGUUCAUUAAUGUGUCUUGACAUGGUUUAUUCAGAUCAUGAAUUAUCUAGAUAAAAUACAGUGACUUUCUCAAAAAUGAUGGAAACAUUUAGCUCUUCCUUUUCAACCCUUCAAUCUGCCUGUAAAUGUUGCUGCUCCCUCAGCUCUCAGCAUGUACAUAUGUAAACACACCCUGUAAUAACAGCAAUGGUAAACGCACCCGGCCAUCCUUUUGUACAAAUGUUUGUAUGUAUAAAAGAAUGAAAGAAAAUCUGUUCAAACUUUAAAAAAAAAAAAAAAAAAAAGCAAAA